AUGAAUUCCCUCUUCAAUUCAGCACUCAAGCAGUCAUCUGCUGUCCGUCGGGAUCUGGACCAGUUGGCACAGUCACCCACAACCUCCUCGCCUGCUCUAAAUGGCCAGAUCGCCGCCUCCUUAUCCUCAUUAUCUCGGACCAUCGAUGACUACUCGGCCCUUUCCAAGAAGGAGUUGAUCCCGGAGAAGCAGGCAAAGGCAUUUGAGCGGGUGAAGAACUUCCGCACCGAACUGACCGACUACCGGGCGCAGUUCGACCGGCUGCGCAAAGAGCGAGAGGAUGCACAAUCGGUCACCAACCGCAAUGAACUGCUGGGCCGCCGCCCCCACCACGCCGCUACGCCCGAGAACCCCUACGCCCAGUCUUCGCUCCCGCCAACCUCCUCGGCGUUUGCGCCCUCCUCUGGCCUGAGCUUUGGGGCUGGUCCAAGCGAUCAUAACCGCGAAACACACGCCCUGCGCGAACAAUCAUUCUUUGCGAACACGCACAACCAGCUCGAUGACUUUCUCGAUCGCGGGCGGGCGGUCCUUGCGGACCUUGGUCAACAGCGGGAGGUGCUGAAGGGCACCCAACGCCGACUCUAUAGUGUCGCCAACACCCUGGGUGUCAGUGGGGAUACUAUCCGGAUGGUCGAACGGCGGGCUCGCCAGGACAAGUGGAUUUUCUGGGGCGGCGUGGUGAUUUUCUUCCUGUUCUGCUGGGCGGUGCUGCACUUUUUGCGAUGA